UGUGACACUAUACAUAAUAUUUGCCUAGUCAUGACACUAUCAACACAGCGGCGAGCUCUCCUCGCGGGCUUCGGCAAAGCACGAGGAGGGCAAUGGACACAGGAGGGCAUCGCUGCGCUUCAUAGCACCACCACUACAAAUGCACAAGUGGAAACGCAACCAGAUGGCGAACUUGCAGAGUCAUCGGCUGAUGAUGCCUCCCGGCUAUUUCAAGAACUGAGCCGGCGCAAUCGCCCGAACUCUGCCGGCACGGAACCCGGGCCAUCGCCACGCCCUGUGCUGGCGCAGCUGCCCGCUGCGGCAGAGCUGAUGGAGCGUGCCGCGGGCACGCCCUCCUCUCAGGCCCUGUACGACCUGCCCACCUACCUGUCCGUCACACACCCGCACGCACGCGUGGAGCCGCGCAACCCCGCCUACGACUGGCGCCGCAGCCCCCAGCUGGAGGCGGGCGGCCCCCGGCGCGCGGCGCUGCUGCUGGCGGUGGAUGCGCACAUGGCGGCGCCGGAGUCGCGGGAGGCGCUGCUGAGGAUGGCGCAGCUGGAGCUGGCACACCUGUGGUACUACCAGCAGCACGCGGCGGAGCUGCCGGCAGCCGCCUCGCCCUCGGCCUCCGCCGCCUCCGCCGCCUCCACCGCCACACCGGACGCCGCGGCAGCGGGGCAGCGGCGCGGCGGCGUGGCCAAGCAGAGGGAGGCAGAGCCGGCCGCGGCUUCCACUUCUGCCGCUGCCGGCGACAAGGCGCAGGCGGGAGCGGGAACGGGAACGGGAGCGGGUGCGGGUGCGGAGGCGGAGGCGGGGGAUGAUGACAUCUUUGCGGCCGCGGAUCGGAAGGCGCGGGAGCGGGCCGCGGCUGUGGAGGCGGCGACGGCGGCGGCGGCCUCCUCAGCUGCCAAAUCAUUGGGCAGGCGCGGCGGCCGCCUGCCUGCGGAGCUGGAGGCGCGGGUGCGCGACAUGCAGCUGCGGUACGGCAUGGCCAGCAGGGACGCCGCGUCGGUGCUCAGGCUCCUGGCGGACAGCUUCUCGCGGCGCCUGCCCGGCGGCGGCCGGCGGCUGGAGGGCGAGGCGGAGGCGGAGGCGGCGGUGGGGCUCGGCGAGGCGGAGGCGGAGGCCGGCGGCGACCCCACCGCGGCGCUGACCUGGGCGCUGUCGGGCGGCGGCCGCGGCGGCAGUGGCGGCACCAUCAGCGGUCUGAGCCGCCACCUGGCCAAGCAGGCAGCGCAGGCCAAGGCGGCGGACCGGGCCAUCAUCACAGCCAUGCAGUCACUCGCUGACGCAGUCAACACGGCCUCCUCCUCCUCCUCCUCCGCCACGGCCUCCUCCUCUACGGCCUCCUCUUCCGGCUCCUCGGCCUACUGGGCCGCGCACCCCGCCCUGGCCUACGACCAGACACUGGCGGCGCGGGCGCACCGACAGGGACUGGCGUGGCGGGCGGCGGCGGAGGCGGGGCCGGACGGGGCAGCCAGCCUGAGCGCCGCCAUCACCGCCCUCAGCGCCUCCCUGCGCCGCCCCACCUCCUCUCCCACCUCCUCCGCCUCCGCCUCCUCGCCUCCCGCCACGCCUGUGUUGGACCUGGUCCUGGACUACCUGCAGGCUAAGUACGCCGACCUGCUCACUGCCUGGGAGACCGCCGCGCGGCUGCGUGAGGCGACGGAGCGCGUCAGCGCGGCGGUGGCGCGGGCUCGUGCAACUGUGCCCAUGUCGGCCGUUCCGCCGCUGCCGCCGGCCCUGGCCGCCGAGCUGGAACGCUCCUGGCAGAACGCCGCCGCCGCCUUCCGACCCGCCCUGCUACAGCCGCUGCUACAGCCCGCGGGCUCCGGCGCCGCCGCCCGCAACAGUUUGGCAGCUGCCGCCGCCUCCGGCUCCCCCGCCCUGUUGCAGGCGCAGUCCUCCCUGACACGGCCGCUUGACUGGGCCAAAGCAAAGGCCCUGAUCGAGCAACACUACGCCAAGCAGCAGCAGGCGGCCGCGUUGGCGGGUGCUACUGCCGCCGCCGAGGCGACGGCAGCAGCGGCGGCUGCUGCAUCCGCGGCGGCGGCCGCGGGCUCGCCGCGUGGCGCGGUGGAGGCGCUGCUACAGCCACUGUUGCAGCGCGCUGCGGACAGGCACCGGGCGCUCCUCGCUGGCGGCGACGCGGCGGCGGCUGAGGCUGCUGCUGCUGCUGCUGCCGCCGCCGCCCAUGGCAGCUCAACGGCAGCAGCGGGCGGCGCGGCGCCAUCGGAAGGCGCGGCGAGUGUGGUGUGUUUCCGGGAGACACUCACACUGGACGCCAGCUCAGCCUACGCCAACAGCUCGUUUGAUAGUCGUGUGACACUGGAGUUCAACGUGGACCGACUGGCCGCUGCGGAGCCGGGGCUGGGCGGCGCCUGGGGCGCGCGCUUCCUGGAGCGGCUGCUCGCCACACCCGCCCUGCCGGGCAGCGGGCGGCGCAUCCGAGGCGGCGGCGGCAGUAGCGGCAUGUUUGGGCGCGCGCGGGCCUCGCCGGCGGCACGUGCCGCCGCCAACGCCGCGGCGUACCCAGUGGACGUCGAGCACAGCUUUUGCCGCCGCACGCGCACCGCGGCCCUGAGCACCGCCCGGUACGGCAGCCGCGAGGCCAACCGCAAGCUGCUGCUGGAGCACUACAACGAGCUGCUGCGUGCCGCGGCGCUGGCGGCGGCGGCGGGCGCGUCCGCCGCCGUGUAGAGCUCCAGCAGCGGGGUAGGUAGGCAGGCAGGUAGAUAGAUAGCGGGGUAGGGCAGCGCCACCGUAUGAGGUGUAUGAGUGGCGGGGCCUGGUGGUGGCGUGGGCGUGUGGAAAUGAGGGUCUGUGUGUAUUGGGCUGUGCACUUGUGCAUGCUGGGGCAGAGCGAGGACUGCGGGUUGGGGGUGCGUCGGGGGGGCGAGGGUGUGCGCUUGUUGUGGCAGGACUGCUGAUAGAUGGGGGCUUGAGGCGCACUGUGCUACCUGCGGGUUGGGGCCGCGCCGUUGGACUGGCAGCAGGCCCUGAAGGAUUUGGUGGAUGGUUGGCAGUGGGCCGCCAGUGGCCAGGGGUUGCAAGGGCUUGUGCAGCCCCUGGUGGAGUGAGCGGGGGCUUUUAUCCGUUGAAAAGGACGAAGGAGUAGGGUAGACACCGUAUGUGUGAUGUCUUCAAGUCACCUCGCUGCUUGCUGGUCGAGGCUGCUUGGGAGAUACGGUAGGUUGCCGUGUGUGAGCAUGCUGCAGGCUGUGAGGCGAGCGCUAGGGGUGCAAACGGAGUGCAUGUUCAGUAGAUAGUGCGCGCAUCACCAAUGUGACAUUGAGGCGGCGCUAACUGCAAGGUGCGGGCGGGGGAAGGCGGCCUUAUGGCCAGUCUCAGCAGCUUGCAACCACUCGCUGUG